UCAUAAUCUCUGAAAGAUCUGCUAUAUAUGAGCAGGUUCCAUCUCUGUGUCAGCCAAAACACAACAGCUGUCUGGUCAACAACAUGUACAGCACAAAGAUGUGCCCAGCUGUUCCUCAGUCCUACCUAAUAGUUUUGCUCAUGUUUCUGUCUCAUAUUUGCUACAUAAGGUGUGAGCAGCCUGUAAACUGCAGGUGGGGAGCUUAUGGGGACUGGUCAGAGUGUGAUGGUUGUACUAAGACACAGGUUCGAACGCGUCCCGUUGAGAUAUUCCCUCAGUUUGGAGGCAGUUCUUGUACAGGGGAGGCCAUCCAAAGACAAGCCUGUGUUCCGAAGAAAAUCUGCCCCUUACAGGCAGGAUGUGGAAACAGGUUUCGUUGCACAUCCGGUCAGUGUAUACGUGAAUCUCUGGUGUGUAACGGGGAUCAUGACUGUGAAGAUGGCUUAGAUGAACGGCGCUGUAGUAGCACUUUAGUGUGUGAUGAGCAAAAGCCACCGCCCAACUCUGACCUCACAGGAAGAGGGUUUGAUGUGUUGUCGGGUGAGCUGAGAGCUGGCGUCAUUAACACUCGUAGCUUUGGUGGACAGUGCAGAAAAGUCUUCAGUGGAGACCAUAGAGAUUUCUAUCGACUUCCACAGAGUCUACUCAGGUAUACCUUUCAGGUAGGUGUUCAAAAUGAUUUCAGCGAUGAGUACCAUGACAGUUCCUGGUCCUACAUGAGACAUGAAGAGGAUAGAAAGCAAAUUAGAGGCGGCCAUGAUCAUAAAACCUUUCAUAAGGAACUGAAGCAAGACAAGGCUUAUCACCUGCUGAUCAUAAAGAAUGAAGUAGAGGUUGCUCAGUUCCAGAACAAUGCUCCUGAGUAUCUGCCUCUAUCUGAAGACUUCUGGAAGGAUCUGUCUGCCCUGCCCAGCACGUAUGACCCAUCAGCCUAUCGAUUCUUUAUACAACGUUAUGGUACCCACUAUAUGGCAGAGGGCUCUCUGGGUGGCCAGUAUCAGGCUCUGCUGGAGCUGGAUGCAAAUUCUAUGAGGGAGAUGAGUAAAACAGAAACAGAUUUCCACCAGUGUAUUACACACGUGAAACGACGCCUCUUCUAUAAAAAGAGAACCACCAAGUGUGUGAAACUAAUGAAGACAAUUGAGAGUCUAAGUGAAAACAGUAAUCAUCAGAUGCAAGUUAAAACAAACAUUAAUGGAGGACAUGCCGCUUAUAUUGCUGGCCUCAGUCUCUUGGACUUGGAAAACCCUGACAAUAACAAACAGAUAUAUUCCAAAUGGGCAGGCUCAGUAAAAGACUUCCCUAAAGUGCUAAAACAGAAGUUGCAGCCACUCUACGAAUUGGUUAAAGAGGUGCCAUGUGCUGGGCUGAAGAAACUUCAGCUAAAGAGAGCGCUGGAGGUCUAUUUGGAGGAGCAGAGCCCCUGCCACUGCAGACCCUGCCAAAACAACGGCAUGCCAGUGCUCUCUGAGGGUGUGUGCACCUGUGUGUGCAGGCCAGGCACCAGUGGCAAUGCCUGUCAGGAUGGUCAUGUUCUUGGAGAACAACCAGGAGUUAUUGAAGGGGGUUGGAGUUGCUGGUCUGCCUGGAGUAGUUGUUCUCAAGGUCAGAAGUCAAGAACUCGUUCAUGUAAUAAUCCUGCUCCAAGAAAUGGAGGCAGGCAUUGCACGGGUGAGACUUUAGGGCGCAAACACUGUGAGGAUCCUGAUCUCGAACAUCUAAAAAUGAUGGAGCCCCACUGCUUCGAUCCCUCAGUAACACCAGUGAAGUCAUGUAAAACUCCACCUCCUUUGGCCAAUGGAUUUGUUUUGUAUCCAAAAGAUAUCAAUCCAGUGGGCAGUAAGAUUGAGUACACCUGCACAGACGGAUAUGAUCACAUUGGGGAUCCAGUUGCUGAGUGUACAGAAAACCUCACCUGGAGGAUGCCUCCCAUGGAGUGUAAAAAAGCUGCAUGUGACCCUCCACCUUUUCUUAGUAAUGUCAUUGCCACACCCUCAAAACAAACUUAUGAGAUUGGGGAGAGCGUAUCCCUCUCAUGCCCAAGUGGGAUGCAGCGAGAAGGCGAUACAAAAAUCAUGUGCCGUCUUGGCCUCCGCUGGUACCCAACACCUGAGAGUGUCAGAUGUAAACCAGUGGAAACAGUGCCCACCCAACCAAGCCUGCUCUGCAAACCAUGGGAAAACCUGGGGAAGGGUCAGUGUGUUUGCAAAAUUCCAUAUGAAUGCAAGGCGUCAUUCCAAGUCUGUGCCUCUGUACGUCCUGGCCGUGUGAACAGAAUGAGCAUUUGCCAACUUGGGGCCAUGCAGUGUCUGGGCCAAAAGAUCUCUCUGCUACAGGACAGUGCAUGCAGUUGGCCAGAAACCCCAUUCACAUCCUGUCAGGACUGCCAUGAAUGGGAAACAUGUGAUGGGGUGAAAUGUGAAUGUAAAGAUCCCAAAGACUGCUCAGAUGACUCCAGUCACCUGUGUGUUUCUCUAAUGGGUGGUGUUCCUGAGAUGAUUUCAGAGUGUGAGGCAGGGGCUUGGAGAUGCAGACGAAAACAGAUCACUGUACUUAGCAUUGGAGACUGUCAGACAUAAACACUUGAAUGUUUUUAUGGUAACAGAUUGAUUUGUGUGACUGUUUGUUGCAAUUGUAUGAUUUAUUUUAUUGAAAGUAGUAAUUUGUAUUAUGUUUUUUAUUGUAAGUAGUAAUAUGUAAUAUAAGAACUUAAUGUGGUCAUUUUUAUUUUAAAUAAAUAUUUUAAAUAAGUACAUAUUCAUUGUUGCAGUGGU